CCAUCUCAAUCCGUGAUCUCUUCCAACCCAAGAAGGAAGAUGGAAAGACGGCCAUGGUCUUCCCCUCUGCGCCUCGUCUUGCUCUUCCUGGUCUCUCUUCAGGCCUCCGGAUACACACGGCCGCCACCGGGGAGGAUCAUCGAAACAGCCCACACCAAGUCUUCGUCCCACCCACAACAGGUCCAUGUCUCAGCAGUCGCCGCAGAUCACACGAGGGUUUCAUGGAUCACCGACGACAGGCAUGUUCCUUCGCUGGUGGAGUACGGGAAGGUGUCCGGGAAGUAUGACACCGCCGCCACCGGAGAGCACACUUCCUACAUUUACUUCUUCUACACCUCCGGCAAGAUCCACCACGUCACGAUCGGGCCUCUGGAGCCCGACACGGUGUACUACUACCGCUGCGGUGGAAUCGACCAAGAAUUCAGCUUCAAAACCCCGCCUGCAGCUCUCCCCAUCGAGUUUGCCGUCAUAGGUGAUCUCGGGCAGACGGAAUGGACGGCGUCGACGCUGGCGCAUGUCGCGGAGUCGAACUACGACAUGCUCCUCCUCCCCGGCGAUCUCUCGUACGCAGACACGCAGCAGCCGCUGUGGGACUCCUUCGGACGCUUCGUCCAACCUUACGCCAGCAAACGCCCGUGGAUGGUCACCGAGGGCAACCACGAUGUCGAGGCCUUCCCCGUCUUCCACUGCCACCCCUUCGUAGCCUACGACAGCAGGUGGCGCAUGCCGUACGAGGAGAGCGGCUCCGCCUCCAACCUCUAUUACUCCUUCGACGUCGCCGGCGCCGUUCAUGUCGUCAUGCUGGGAUCCUAUGCCGACUUCAACGCCAGCUCAGCACAGUACAAAUGGCUGGUGGCGGAUCUGGCGAAGGUCGACCGGAGGAUCACUCCUUGGCUAGUCGCGCUCCUCCAUGCGCCUUGGUACAACACCAAUCUGGCGCAUCAGGGGGAGGGGGAGAGCAUGAGGCAAGCCAUGGAGUCGCUGCUCUACCGAGCUCGCGCGGAUGUCGUCUUUGCAGGCCACGUCCAUGCCUAUGAGCGCUUCACGAGGGCAUACGACAACAAGGCAAACCCUUGCGGGCCUGCGUAUAUAACCAUUGGAGAUGGAGGAAACAGGGAAGGACUCGCACUACAGUUCGACAAGCAUCACAAGUCUGCAUCGCUUUCCUUGUUCCGGGAGGCAAGCUUCGGGCACGGGCGGCUGAAGGUGGUGAACGGCACACAUGCUCACUGGUCGUGGCACCGCAACGACGAGGACGACGGCUCCACCGUCGGCGACCAGGUGUGGGUGGAGAGCUUGAGUGCUUCUGCCGCUUGUGGGGGUCCGCUGGGUGGGGUUCCAUCUGCUUCAACGAAGGUUGAGCUGUAGAUUUCAGAAACGUAGGUGAGACCGGGGGAUGGUGAUGCAAACAUGAAAACCUGUUGUUUUAGCUCUCCAAAUCAUUGAUAAACCUUUUUCUUUC